AAUUCAAACUGGCAGUUCGUGUGAAAGAGACCGUUGGCUUAUGCUUUUUUUUGUGAUCAGUUUUAACGUUAAUACUUGUGUCAAAGUGAAAUACCCUGUGGUGCAGAUGGAUUCUUUAUUUCGGUGAACGUAUACUAGCAAGUAUUUGCUUCAUGCCAUACAUUGUGAAUAACUAUGUAUUUUGAGGUAAACAUUACACCCAAACAAAAGGAGGAACCUGUAGAAAGGGAUCCUCAGACUCGAUUGAACCUUGUACUAGCUCCGUUCCAACCCCAGACACGGAUACAUAUAGAAGCAACUCUUAAUACCACUGCGUACUUUUACCUCAACCUACGAAACCUUGGAUCUCGACCGUUGAAUGUACAAGUAACAAAAAAACCACCCCCAGAGCGUGCGGUUGUCCUGAGUUUGUCAAAAUGGAAGAUCCAUCCUCAGCAAGACGAAGAGCUACUGAUAAGCUGGACAGCACGAGAGUUAGGAACUUCUCGGGAUAUAAUUCAACUGACUGAUAGUCGCCGUAUUAAGUAUGACAUUGCAUUGACAACAACCACAAUUACUGGAAAAAAACAUGGAGCCAAAAAUAAUGUAAAGGAAAGUAGAGCUCAAACCAUAGAUGUGGUGAAAAAAGUAUUGGUGGAGAACAUAAGUCCUAAAAAGAAAUGUGUACCGAAACGAAUUUCUCAUUUGUCUGAGAAUAUUGCAGAUAAUACUGUCAAAAACAGGUCAGCUUCUUCGUCUGUUACAAAAUAUCAGGGAAAAGAAAAUAUAACUGGACUUACAGAUCUCCAUUGGCAAACUCCUAAGAAAAGUAGCACAACAUUUUUUGGUCAGAGGCAACACAUAACAGAUAUUUCAGAGGGACAUCAGAGAAAUUUUUCUAUGCUAAUGGAAUCAGAUACCUUAGCCUUGACUCCUCCGCCAUGGUUUAAAAAUGAUUCUGUACAUUCAGAGAAUAUUAGUUCGGAGAGUUCUCAGUUCACAACUCAGAGUUACACAGCACUGCUUUCGUCACCAAACCUGGAACGUCAAGAACUCCGACGUGAAACUUAUGUCACUGCACCUGUGUGCAAAAAUAUUACUUUUACCAAUGAAGAUAUUAAAAAUCAAUUCGAAGAUUCUCUUUCUCCAAGAAUAACCAAUUCUAAUUCAGAGUUUUCACUACUGAUUAAUGGUUUGAAUUUUGCAUCAGCAAAUACACCUACCUCUCAAUUCAAAAGUGAAGUUCAAGAUAGUCCUGAUACUCAUGAACCGUUCAUUCCGCACAAUGCUACACCAACCUCCAGUAAAAACAAUACCUUUGAGAUAGAAUCCUCGUGGAUAAAAAACGAAUGCAACAACUCCGAAAAUAAAGAUCUAUUUCCUGUACCCGAAACAUCAGCAAAGUUAUCUGAAACAAACCGGCUACUUCCGACAAGGCUAUCUCGAAAUUUUGCACGGCUCUCACCUGUUAUGCCAGUUGAGUCAAAUGUUGCAGCAUAUGCAGCGUCAUCCUCGCCGAUAUGUGGUAAUGAAACUGGAGAUAUCAGUGCUAACAAUUCCAGAUCUGGAUUCUAUGGUCUUACUUCUCUAUCCAAACAACCCAAUAUAAGUGGUGUCAAAGAAGUUUUAGAAGCUGAUCUGUGGGCCAAACCAAUGAACCAAUAUCCUUUCACCGUACCAAAGUCUGGGGCUAGUCUAGAAUCAAUUCGCGAGGAAUCAGUCAAGAUAACGCCCGUUAUAGACAAGACAUACGUUAAACGCUUCAGUGAUUCAAAAUUCUCUAAUGUAUCUGCAACUCCAGAUAAUCGUAGGUUUGAAAUUUCUCCACCCAGUAGAACUCAUGCAAAGAAAAUCUCACCAAUUCGAAAAAUAUCGCCCAAGAAAUAUGCCAAGGUUAGCAAGGAAAAAAAUACUCAUGAGAUACAAGGUCUCAAGAAGAUAGCUGGCAUGAACACUUCAUUAAAACGUAGAGGUAAAGUUUCAAUACCUGGAGUACAGAUUACAAAGCUAUCACUCGCUGGAGUGACUAGAAGAAAAUGUAACACUGAAUCAAGUAAGGGCUUUGAAAAUGAAGUUAGUAUGAAGCUGCAUGAUCCAGAUUCUUUUCUUACUAGACUUUGCAACCCUGAUCCAUUCGCUGCAACCACAACAGAAGAUCCAUUCCUAGCCAGUACUCUAUACUACGAUUAUAACUGGGUAGAGAACCAGGAGGUUGAAUUCAAAAAAUGGCUUAAUGCGCUGUUGACUCCACCUGAGCAUCUCACAUCGAAUGUAGAUACUCCACUCAUCGAUGUUGCCAAAGUAUGGCAGUCUUGUCGAUUGAAGGAAGAUGUUUCUCUUGCUGAAACAAAAGAAGCUGUGUCAGCCAGGUAUCAUACAAAUCAAAGGUUGAAUACGUUGCGUAGAGCAGCUUGCACGAUGCUUCGCAGCAACGAGGUUGUUUCUGUGCUGUCAAAAGUUACUGUAUGUGUUGAGAGAGGAAAUCUGGUUAUCAGACAAGAUCGUGAUCUGCAUAAAGACAUUGGGUUGCAGAAGUUAGUUUUGGAGCUAUUUCUCUGUUAUAAUCCAUUAUGGUUACGAAUUGCAUUAGAAGCAAUUUAUGGCGAAACAAUUCCGUUGAAUUCAAACAAUGAUAUAAUUCGUCUCAGCAAAUUUCUUUUGACAAGAUUCUUCUCCGAUCCGUCCAUCGUGAAAGCUCAUUCACAUCAAACAGUUCUGAAUCUUCGACUUCCUUCGUUCUUUGCAGUAAUGAAUAAGUUCAUGUUGAAGAAGUUUCUUUUUGUCGUAUAUUUUUUAGACUAUGCUAAAACUCAUAAAUUGAUCGGACAUGAUCCAUGCCUCUUUCAUAAGCAAGCUGAGCAUAAGGAAAGUAGGAGAAUUUUACUGAAAUUUUCUCAAGAAUUACUCAGUGGUGUAGGUGACAUUACUAGAGUAUUAAAACCCUACGGAUACGUAUUAAAUCAUAGACAAAAAGAGCUAGAUGAGUACAACUAUGCCAUCAAUAAUCUAUCGCUUGACCUACGAGAUGGAGUUAGACUAUGCAGAGUGAUGGAGUUAAUUACUGGAAAGAGAAAUUUAACGGUCGUUUGCAGAGUGCCUGCUAUUUCUCGCCUACAGAAAGUUUACAAUGUCGAUGUUGCAUUAAAAGCACUUGCAAGCUCCGGCUAUGAGGUAAAAGGUAAUAUUACUGCCAAAUGUAUCGCAGAUGGUCACAGAGAAAAGACGCUGUCUCUGCUAUGGCAACUCAUAUACAAGUUCCAAGCUCCACAUUUCCACAGAGCUGCAACGACUAUUCAGAAGUGGUGGCGAUCUAAACUUUGGUGGGUACGAGUAAGAAAUUUCUUAAAAAAGAGAAAAAACAAUGCUGCCAGCAUAAUUCAGAAUGCGUGGAGAUCAUAUCUUGCAAGAAACGAGUUGAAACGUUUAAGAGCUGAACAUUUACUGAUUUUCAAAGUUAAAUCUGAUGCUGCCAGAAUAAUACAAUCAAAGUGGAUGGCUACAAUUAGGAUGUGGAGAGAAAAAAAAUACCUGCAACGACUGAAGUCAUCUGCUAUUAUUAUUCAACGCUCCUGGAGAAGAUAUCAGGCGACCAAACCAUUUGUAACAAUGUUUAAACGCAAUCAGAUUGCUUCCCGUAUCAUUCAACGAUGGUGGCGAGCCACGAAAUUGAUGAGGCUCCAAAUGUCCUUGUAUUGGAUUUUCAAGGAUGCGGUUAUAAAAAUUCAAUCAUGGUGGAGAGCAAAGCUGGUACAGAAAGCAGCUAGCAAUCGUUACAAGACCACUAAAAGAGCUGCCCAAUUGAUACAAACCAGGUGGCGAAGUAACCGACAAAUGAGGGUUGUGCGAAAAGAAUACCUCACAAAAAUAAACGCUGUUGGAACUAUUCAGGAUUGGUGGAGACGUGAAUUAACUUUCAAAAAAAAUCGUAAUGAUUUCCUGUUAAUGAAAGAUGCAGUACGAGUAUUAGAGAACUGGUGGCUGUUGCAUUCAGCAAAAAGAAAAUUACAGGCGCAAUUCAACAAGGAAAAUAACGCUGCGAUUCUGAUACAGCAUAAAUGGCGAACUCUUCGGAUUAGCAGACAGCAGAGAAUGACUUUCCUCAGAACAAGGGAGGCAGCAUGUGCCAUACAAAGUCGAUGGCUGGCUAAGAAAAAUGCUAGAUCUGUACGGCAGUCUUAUAUUCUGAAACGGAACUCUGCAAUCGUUAUUCAAGCCUACUGGAGAAAUUGGAGAGUAGGAUUUGAACAACGCUGUUCUUUUCUUUCUUUGAAAGGGGCAGCAAUCUGUAUGCAAGAUCGUUUUCGAGCAAAUAAAACUACUCGUCAAGUGAGCGCAGAAUAUGCUAAAUUGAAAUACAGCACGAUCAUUAUACAAAGGAAAUGGAGGGCAACACGCCUCAUGAGGCAGACUCAAAAAGAUUUCCUAUGCAAAAAGAAAGCAGCUGUCAUCAUACAAAAACAAUAUCGGAUGAUUGUAGCUAUGAGAAGAUAUGAAACUAAGAAACGAGCAAUUCAUAAGCUACAGUUGUGGUGGAAGGCUUGGAUUGCUGGCAAAAAAACAAAACUCUACUACGAUCAGUUGAAAUCUUCAACAAUUGCUACACAACAAAAGUAUAGAGCACGGAGAUUGGGUGCCUCGGUCAGACAGGAGUUGGCAAUUUUAAAAAGCAAUACAAUCUUUAUUCAACAGAAAUGGCGAGCUAAUAAAUCAAUGCAGCAACAAAGAAAUGACUUCCAAGCAAAGAAACAAGCGGUUAUUAAUAUACAAUUAUGGUGGAAAGCAUAUCUGAUAACCAGAGAGAUAAAAUCGUACUAUGACUUACUAAAGUCUACAACAAUUUGGGUUCAACAUAGAUAUAGAGCGCGCAAAGCGGGCUCGUCUGUACAACAGGAAUUUCACAAUCUCAAAAAACAUGUUAUAAUAGUCCAACGAAAUUGGCGUGCUAAAAAAAUGAUGCAGACAUGUAGAAGAAACUAUUUGGUAAAGCGUCAAGCCACUGUCAAAAUACAAUCAUGGUGGAGGGCUUUCUCAGUAGCCAAAAAAACUAAGUUGCAUUUUGAUAUACUUAAAUCUGCAACAGUUGCUCUCCAACGCAAGUUCAGGGCUAGAAAGUUAGGAGCUUCGAUUAGAAGGAAGUAUGAGAGUUUGAAAACAAACGUAAUUUUUAUUCAACGGAUAUGGCUAGCUAAAAAACUGAUGCAGUCUGAUAGGAAUAAAUUUUUAAUGCAACGAUGGGCAGUAAUUAAAAUUCAAUGCUGGUGGAGGGCUAUUAUUUUAGGAAGAACUUGUCAAGAGCAUUACGAAAAACAGAAGAAUGCUGCAAUUAAAAUUCAAAAAUGGUACAGGUGGAUGGUAGAUGAUCGCAUCAAGAGAAAAUACUACGAAAUAGCUUUUACAUCUAUUAUAAAAAUUCAACGCUGGUGGAGAGAAAUUUUAGCGAGACGUGAAAGGAUAAGGCAGAGAAGACGAUCUGCGGCAACGAUUAUUCAGUCAAUCUGGAGGGGUCACAAGGUUCGAUUAAUGCAGAGUCAUGAAAUGGCAAAGUUACGCGAAAGAUCAGAAAAAGCUGCGUUGGAAGCUCAACCUUCGGCAACCCUAGCUCAUAGACUUGACGUUGCUCUUAAUAUUGUACAAGAAUAUGAUAAUCUCGGAAAACUAAUGCAAGGACUCACGGCUCUAGAUACAGUUACUCAUCUACUACCCCAUGGAUGCAUCGCUUUAUGCAAUGCUAAUUUAGUUUCGAAACUAUACGAUCUCUUACAACGGGCGAACAGAUCACGUCCGUGGAUGGACAUAUGUCUCAGAGCUUCUAGCAUCUUAGUUUCUCUUGUAAAAUAUGCACCAACAAAGUCUUACGCUUGGCAGGAGCAAUACAUCGAGACUAUACUUCAUCUGUUGACGGCAACUGUGGACAGAGAGACGGGCGUUUUUAUCAAUUUAGCAACACUGAUGUGGCUGCUUGCUGAUAGUCCGGCUCGUAUUAAGGCAAUAACAGAGUCGCCGUCAGCAUCGCGAACGUUUGUCAGUUUGUCUAAUUUAGUAACAAAAAAAAGAAGCAGGCUUUCUUCGGGCCCAAAAUUAACUUCGACUAGUUGUAUGCUUCCUAAUCCCAAGCCUGAUUGGGGAUUGAAACACAGUCGCCCACGUUUAUUCACAUCCGUACAUCACGCGGUCGGUGCUUUAUGCAAAAGAUUGAAAAUCGGUUGAAUCCAACCCUUGAAUUAUAGUUUAUAAUGUUUUACUUGAUGAUAUUGUACAUUAUUUGUUUAUUGUUCCUGAUCAUGAUAAUUUUAUGUCUUGUUUUCUAAUCCGUACAAGUGAAUAUGAAUUUUGUCCCAGGAAGAAAAAAAGUAAAAUAAAAAAUGAUGAGUCCACCAUUGCUAAAUAACCAUUCGUGAUUUAAAAGUACCGACGUAGGAGUUGAUCGUGGGUGAAUCUGAAUAAUGAGACUGUAUUUUGGUAAUACUUUUAAUGCAAUAAAUAUAAUAAACAAUAA